AUGGAUCCUAUUACCAUCGUCACUGCUGCGGCUUCUCUGGCAGGCGCCGUCUUGAAAGUAUCUUGGAAAGUCAAGGAGGCUAUCGACGUCUACGAUGAUGCACCACAGAACGUCGCCGACAUUGCUGAGGAGGUACAUGCGGUGCAGAUAGCGCUCAGACAGGUCGAGAGCGUCGUGGUCCAGGACCCUGAAGCAAUUGACCGUCUGGGGCUGGAAGAUGUCUUUACUGUGGCCGUCAACGGAUGCCAUGCGACUCUUUUGUCCAUUAGCAAGGAGUACGAGGAUUUGUUUCUCCGCAGUGAUUGGAAGACCAAGAUCAAAGUCUUGUGGAAGGAUGGAGAAAUGACUCGACUGCUGGGUCGACUAGACCGCAAAAAGGCCACCUUGACGCUCUUGACGCAGACGUUGAAUCUACGUUCUACGCAAGACAUCAAGACCUUGUUGAUACAAAACCAAUCAACCUUGAAUGCGGCCAAACAAGACGUUCGAGAACCGGCUGCUUACUAUCCAGAAGUCCCCAACUUCCGUCCUGCGAGCCCCAACUCCCUGGAUGAAGGCAGUGUGGUCGGCAUUCCGAGGAACAGGGACUCUGUCGUCAGCACCACAGAGUUUGACUUUGACUACGACUUGAUCAACACUAAGACAUACCGACGGGCACUACAACGAUACGCCUCUGUCGGCACGCGAAACAAUUCUUCAACGGAGCCAAGCGCGGACAAGUUACCACUUGGGACACUUGAACUCGAACCAGUCAUGGAGGACGCGGGAGAAGGAGAGGAUCUCAUCAACUUCUCAUCCGAGAACUUGAGUUCUCGGUCACCCUUGAGCCGGGCGACCACGUUGCGCCCAGAGCUGGAAGGCAUUGAGUUUGAGAUCCCACCUUCAACGCCGCCCAAGGAUGUAGGCCAGAACCAGGCCGCGGCGCAAGUUGAACAGCUUGGAGGCGGUGGUCCAAAGGACGGGGCGGUCGCUGAACUGGCCGAUGCACAUGACGAUUCAAAGACAAAGAGGUCUUUUUCCCGAAUGAAACUAGACCGGCAUUCACCAAGACACCUUGCGGCAGCAGAAGCGGCGGCAGAGAAGUUCCACAGGAGAAGGAGACACGGGAAACCCGAUCCUGUGGCAGGUCCAGAGCCCGAUUUUUCAUCGAAUGCAGGCACCGAAACACUCAGCCGAAGUGUCAGCUUCGAUGAAUCCAUUGCGGAUAGUGCAUCCCAAUCGUCCGAGAAGCCCGACAAGCUGAGAAGUCGGCGCAGGUGCGGCCAUCCUGCGCACCACAGGAGACGGCCUGGUAGGGAAGGGUCAUUUUCGUCCCGCGGAUCCGAUGAGUCGACUACGACGUUGGGCUCAGCAGAUACUUUGACAGGCACUUUGGAACAGCUUAGUCUAUCGGGGCCCAAGAUCUUUGGGAGGGAGAGGGGAAGACGAAGGCAAGUUGCGUAA